GCGUGCACAUAGCUGCAAGAAGAACUUUUGACCGAAGCGUGCCCUUUACUCACGACUUCGGGUGCUGCCGCGCAUGCAUGCGCGCGCGAUGGGGUGCUCCAACAGGAGCCGUGAAUCGUGAGAAGCUUCGCCUUCUUCAUCCAGCACCGGUAUUCAUGUAGCACUUGCACAUUGAGAAGAGCUCCUUUCAGGGACACAUUGGUCUCUGUUUAACCUACCGCACCAAUUCUUCCUUCGCGUCACUGCACCCCCCAUCCCCUUGCUCGCUCUCUCCGCGCGAUAGAGAUUUCAGCAUGGCCAACACACCUCAGGCUCACGUAGCCAUCAAGGAUGCUCUGAACGAGCUCGACGACAGGCGCAUCAAGCGCAUCAAGCCUUUGCUCCCUCCUCAGAUUCUUGUGGAAGAGUACCCGCUCUCCAUCACUGGUGCUCAGACUGUCAUCUUGGGACGCAAGCACGCAGACGCUAUCGUCAAGGGAGAAGAUGAUAGGCUGCUCGUCAUCGUCGGCCCUUGCUCUGUGCACGACGUUAGGGCUGGUAUCGAGUACGCCAAGAAGCUGAAGGCCUACGCGGACGAAGCCAGGGAGGACCUUCACAUUGUGAUGCGGGUCUACUUCGAGAAGCCACGCACUACUGUGGGAUGGAAGGGCUUGAUCAACGAUCCCAAUCUGGAUGGAAGCUACCAAAUCAACAAGGGACUGAGACUGGCCCGUGGAUUGCUGCUUGAGGUUGCCAACAUGGGCUUGCCGGCAGGAACCGAGUUUUUGGAUACCAUUAGCCCUCAAUACACAGCAGACUUGGUUUCUUGGGGGGCGAUCGGUGCGCGAACGACCGAGUCCCAGGUACACAGAGAACUCGCAUCGGGUCUGUCCAUGCCCAUCGGCUUCAAGAACGGCACUGACGGCUCAUUGUCAGUAGCGGUAGAUGCUAUCAAGAGCAGCUCGUCUCCGCAUUGCUUCUUGUCGGUGACCAAGCAAGGUUUGUCCGCCAUUGUGGAAACGGAAGGAAACGACUCAUGCCACGUCAUUCUUCGAGGAGCCAACAGCGGUCCAAACUACUCGCCCGAGCACGUCGCCACUACGACCCAGAAGCUGAAGGAUGCCAAGCUGCCCGAUAGAAUCAUGAUCGACUGCUCUCAUGGCAACAGCGAGAAGAAGCACGAGAACCAGAUCAAGGUGGUUGACAGCCUUGUGCAGCAGCUGUCGGACGGAACGGAAAAGAGCUGGGCCAUCGUUGGUACGAUGCUCGAGAGCAACCACGUAGAGGGCAAGCAAUCAAUCCCAGCUACUGGGCCCGCCACGCUAAAGUACGGGCAGAGUGUGACGGACGCAUGCAUCAACUGGGACACCACUGUAGAUGCUCUGAACAGGCUGAGGAAGGGUGUUCAAACCCGCCGGCAGAAAGCCCCGCAGCACGGACUGUUGCCCCUGGCCCCUAAUGGCGUCAACGGCGAUGGCAAAGGACCCAACGAUAUCUUGCUGAACCCUACACAGGCUCAAGGCGGAUUCAACGAUGACGUGCUGGCCACCCUCGGAAAGGGCGCCUGAUACACUUCUUCGCGAUUGGUGUGCCAGCUUCUACGCCGUUUUCGACGCUGCCCAAUGCUGCUCUUCUGCCUAGCUCUCUUCUAAAAUCCGUCUACUUUCGACAUUUCAAGCGCCGCUUAUCUGGUGCUCAGAAACAGACCAUGCUCGUCGUUGACAAAGCUUGUGUCCCCAAAAGCGUGCAGAUUUACUCACGAAGAAUAUGACGCCACCGCGCGCCGUCCAUCCUUCACUCGACCCAUCCGCGGCCGCUUUAAUAUAUAAGUAUGACAU